AUGGGCCAGUGGACGCUGCACAGCAUUUUAUUUCUCGUGCUUCUCUGCUACUCCAAUGGACAAAGUGAGCAUAGACGACGCACACAGAAGCCUGAUGACACAAUUAGUUUUUCUCCGAGGUUCAAGCUGCUGACUCCAGACCUGCUAAAGACAGACACCCAGGAGAACAUCUACCUACAAGCAGACGGCGUGUCCGACCCUGUCACCGUCUCCAUCCUCAUCCAGGACUUCAGUAAGACCGUUAGGCUGCUUGAGGACUCUGUCACACUCAGUCGGGAAAAUGGAUUCUGUACUCUCAAGGCUAUACAGCUUCCCUCGGAUCAGCUGAAUCGUGAAGAGAAAAAGAACAAGUUUGUGUAUCUGAACGUGACCUUUAUGGGCUUCCACUCUGAGGAGAGGGAACUGAUGGUGUCCUUUCAUUCUGGGUACAUCUUCAUCCAGACCGACAAACCCAUCUACAACCCCGGAGAUACUGUUCGGUUCAGAGCCUUUGUGUCCUCUCCAUCGUUUAAGGCCUUUGACAGCUCCAUCACAAUAGACAUCAAGAAUCCAGACGGUGUGGUGGUUAAACAGAUCUUUAGGAGUAGAGCUGUCAAUGGAGUCUUCCCAGACACAUUUCCUCUCCCUGAAAUUGUCAAUGAAGGAACGUGGUUGGUGACUGCGAAGUUUGACCACUGGCAGCAGAACACGUUCACCUCCCAAUUUGAGGUGAAGAAAUAUGUGCUUCCUGCUUUCAAUGUUACCUUGACUCCCAGGAAGUCCUUUCUCAGCCUGGAUGACACUGAGCUGGAAGUAGAGAUCUCAGCCAGGUACCUAUAUGGGGAGCAAGUUCAAGGGACGGCCUAUGUGGUGUUUGGAGUGAAGAUCAACAAAGAGAUGAGAAGGUUGCCUUCAGUGAAGCAGGUGUCAGAUCUGGACGGAGGAGUCGCCAGGCUCAGUGUGGAGGAGAUCAAGAGAGCUUACCCCAACAUUCGAUCUUUGGUGGGCAACUCUGUGUACGUCAAGGCGUCUGUGCUCACCAAGUCAGGCAGUGACCUAGUUGAAGCUGAAAAGACCGGGAUUAAAAUUGUGAAGUCUCCCUACGUUGUAUCCUUCAAAGACAUACCGAAGUACUUCAAACCAGGCCUACCCUUUGACGUCACAAUCCAGGUUAGUCACCACGAUGGCUCCCUGAGCCGUAACGUCCCCAUCAAGCUGAAUUUUCUGGACUCACCGCUGGUUGUCACCUCUGGCACUGUCAGGGCCACCGUCAACAUGCCCAAGGAUCAACAACCACAAACCAUCACUGCUGAGACGGUUCAGGCCGACCUGAGACUAGAGCAGCAGGCCAGACAGCAGGUCACUGUUCAGCCGUACAUCGCCUUCAGCCACCACCAGCAAAACUACCUGUACAUCUCCACAGGGGUCAACACAGUGUCUGUAGGAGACAUACUACCCCUAAGGCUCAUCAUCGCUGUUGCAGACCAGACACACAGAGACCUCAUCAAACAAAUUACCUACCUGGUGCUCAGUAAGGGCAAAAUCAUGAACGCUGGGCACGUGGAUGCGACUGGUCAGGAUGUCACCAGCGUCAGACUGGCAGUCACCGCGGAGAUGAUGCCAUCGUUCCGUUUUGUGGCUUUCUACAGCAUCCCCUGGGAGAGGCAUGAGGAGGUGGUGUCAGACUCCAUCUGGAUUGAUGUGGCAGAUUCCUGUGUUGGAGGGCUGAAAGUUGGACCAGUGGGCGAAAAAUACCGAGACUACACACCUGGGAAGGGCUUUAGCUUUAGGGUCAGAGGUGACCCGGGGGCAAAGGUCAGCCUGGUGGCUGUGGACAACGCUGUCUACCUGCUCAGCAGGGACAGACUCACCCAGAGGAAGAUCUGGGACGUGGUGGAGCACAGUGACAUCGGCUGCACCCGAGGGGGAGGCAUGAACGCCAUGGGGGUGUUCACAGAUGCAGGACUGCUCUUUCACUCCAGCACCGGGCACAAAACCCCAAUCAGACAAACCCUGCAGUGUUCAGGCAGUGCCAGGAGGAGGCGCUCUGCUGAACAGUUGCAGCGUAAAGCCCAGCUGGAGAGCCACUACAAGGAGAAGCUGCAGCACCGCUGCUGUAAGGACAGCCUUCGGGAGAUCCCCACGCCGUACUCCUGUAUGCGACGCUCCCUCUACAUCACUGAGGGCUGGGAGUGCAUUCGGGCUUUCCGCUACUGCUGCGCCACCUACAGAGACCAGGAGUUUAACACAGAGAUUCCCACCACCCCACCACCCAUGACCACAACCUCACCUCCACCCAGAUCCACUACUCCAUUCCUGCAUGUCGGAAUACCUGGAGAACGUGUACGACUUCAUCGAGUUGGAGUGUCUGCACAACCUGGACUGGGUGGAGGUGGACUGCACAUGCUCCAUACAGUGGAACGCAGAGUAGAAGAGAGAUAUUUGUCUGUGGCAGUACAGGAGGAGGAGGAGGAGGAGGAGUACCUGGAUGAGACUCAGGUGUAUUUGCGUUCCAAGUUCUAUGAGUCUUGGCUGUGGACAGAUGUUAUCCUGCCCAACCAUGCAGACAGAGACGGGUUGGCGUCCAAGAAUGUGGACAGCGUUUUACCUGACAGCAUCACAGAGUGGGGAGUUCUGGCAGUCAGCGCAUCACCUCAUACAGGUAGGAGGAGGAGGAAGACGACGAGGAGGAGGAGGGUGAGGUGGGAGUCAAGGUCUGUAAUCAGUUCUCAAAACCUGACACAGUCUGGCAUGACAUGACAACUUUUACAGCUCUUAGCAAACACAAAAUGGGCAAAUGUUUUUGCACAAACAAAGCGAUGUCGAUCGUCAUCCUGCUUCUACUGGUAUACUUUAAAAUUUAGCAGUGUGAGAGGCUCCACCUGCAGUGCUUUGUUUGGUACUGAAGGUUAAAUCACUUUGAGUUACUCAGUACUGGCAGGAAAACCAUUCAUUCAAA